GCAACGUUUCAAGUUCGUAGCGAAGUAGUUCUGUAAUGUCGAUCUCGCUUCAUCCGUUACCCCCAGAAGUUGUCCUUGCUUUCUCUCUUACGCUCCACUUCCUCUUCCUCCUCCUCAAUUUUCCUUCCAUUCGCUCCACCUUCCUUCAAAACGGCUCCUCCACCCAUAAGAACUCUGAGAGAGUAGCAAGAGUACUCGGAGGCAUUGAGAAGGAGCUCAAAGAUGGUUCUUUGUCUAUUGAAUCGCCUCGGCCCCAACUCGGAGAACGGGGGUUUUUUGGGAGGUUAGAGAGGGAUUGGGAGGUCUUGGAUACUUGUUUGAAUGCUAGUGCUAUGAUACUUGUAGGUGGUGCUUAUGGGUUUCUAAAGAACCGAGGGUUCUUGCCCAAUUUUGGAAGGUUCAGCAGUAUAGUUCUUGAGGGGCCAAGAGACGUUACACCAAGUGUCUUGAAGUCCUCUACUGGUUUAGAUGUUUCUAAACUUUCUCCAAAAAAGUGGGGUUCUUCUGAAACCUCAAUCGUUGCAUUGGUUGCUCUUCUGGGUGGAGUCUCUUAUCUGCUUUUUCAAGGGAUUGAUAUCAGUCCUAACCUUGCUGCCAUACUGGGCCUAGCCUUUAUGACUUUAUCUUCCUUGGGGACACUUUUUGCAUGGUCAUUUUGCAUGUUUAGCAGUGGCCAAAAGGCUGAUGAAGUGUCUUCUGCCUACCUUAUGGGUUGCCCAAUUUGUGGAGUGAUUUUAGAUCCAAUUGCUGCAAUGCAGAUGGGCAUCCAAGGGCAGCAAUAUCAUCUCUUGUGGACACCUUUAGUUACGGAAGUUAUAAAGGCCCAACUCAGUUUUUUCCUACAGGCUGGAACUCAGUUUUGGGAUGAGAAAAUGAGUAAUGAGCUUGCUGAAGGACAAUUGAGUGGCUCUGCCUUUGACAGGUACUGCAUGAUGCUUUUUGCUGGUAUUGCUGCUGAGGCUAUGGUUUAUGGUGAGGCAGAGGGUGGGGAGAAUGAUGAAAACAUGUUUUCCAUCAUCUGUGUACUUCUGCAACCCCCAUUGUCUGUAGCUCAGGUACAGCUACAGGGAUUUAUUUUCAUGCAAUAACUCCAUUAAUAGGUACUAAUUAUUCUCACCUAGAGAGAGAAAAAAGAUGCUAAUGAUUGAUUUUCAUUACCUUGAGAAGACGUCAAAUCAAGCAAGGUGGUCUGUUCUUCAGUCUUUCAAUCUGCUUAAAUGGCACAGGCACGUUCAUCGAGCUGCUGUCACUGCUUGGGAAAGUGGUGGUAGUCUUAGUAUUGUAAUUAGGAGAAUUGAGGAAGCCAUGUCUUCUGGCAGAUGAUGGGCAGGAAGUACAUAAACAUGCUGGUUUCUGUGGUCCAAUGGUGCUCAAGAGGUAGAUGUUCUAUAUGCACUUAGAGGAAGGCUUAAAUAACUGGUAUUUCUCCAUUGUCUGUGCUUGUAUAGCUUGACAUAGUGAACUGAGGGCAUGGAAGUUCUGAAGCAUUACUCCGCUUCUCAUUCUCUACUCCAUUUUUCAUACUAAAUACAAUUGCAUCUGUCAUCAAUUCUCAGAAAAAUUUCCCUCAAGUGAUAGGUUUCUUACAAGGAAAAUGAAUGACUCAAAUUUUUUUGAAGUUCCCAAGAUAUAUCCUACUAGGCUACGGUUGGUGGAGAACACAAAGAAGAAGUAACAAAUUUUGUUAUUCAGCUGACCAUUUUUGACUUAUGUAGUAGCUUAAAGAGAUGGUUCCUCUUGGUAUCCUUGCUGCAUUUAGACUGCAAAUGUAAGUGAAGGUUCUCGAGUUCUCAUCUUUUUGUAAACAUUUUAAUAUCAGAGUACUAUUUUUUCCACCACUGUUUCGGUUGGGAGAAUGGUAGGUUUUGUGCCAUGGCCUCUUGAGUGUACCCCUAAUUAAUUUGGUUCUGGUUUAAGCUUUUGUACCAUUCGAGCUGCCUCCUUAUUCUCUUAGAACAAAAAGCUACGACAUUU